UCCCAGCGUAACUGAGAGGAAACUGCAAAUUACAACACAGUCCCAUGAUUAGAGUGAAACCGGGCAAUAAAAGGACUUUGGAAUUGUGUAGAGAUGGGAUAGGCUAGUUUGAAGCAAGGAAGUAAAGGUACUUAUAAACUCCAGAUAAAUAUCUGAGGCCAGAACAGAUUUUGGAGCUGAGAAAGAAAAGCCAGAGGUGCUGGGAAAGCUGCGAAGUCCACUGAAACCACCCUGCCUCCCUUUCUCAGACAUAAUGACGUCUUCCCAGACAACUACCUACCCUGGAAUGCAUGUCACCAUUCCCAAUCCUUACCCACCACCAAGUUCCAUGGCUCUUCAUCCUCAACCACCUUUGGGUUUUCUAAACAUAGGAAACGAAGUACAGACUGGGCAAAUUUCUUACAUUACACCUCCAGGAAUCCUCACUACCCAUCAGCUCGGUCUGGAAAAUGUGCCAACAGGGCAUCCAGCUUCAGGAACAACAACAACAACCAACCCCAAAUUUAAAGAUGCAGCAAUAGCUCUUGGGGCAGUCCAUAUCACAACUGGAUUGAUGCACAUUGGUUUUGGAAUUGUUCUUGGAUUGCUGAGCACCAAUUACCAUAUGUCUUGGGGAUUUUACUCUGUUGCUUUUAUUGGUGGAUAUCCAUUCUGGGGUGGACUCUCUUUCAUUGCUUCUGGCUCACUCUCCGUAUUGGCAUUCAAGAAGCUCGCCCCCUCUCUGUUGAAAAGCACCCUGGCAACGAACAUUAUUAGUGUUAUCUUUGCCUCUGUUGGCGUGAUUCUGUUUGUGUGGGAUCUGAACAUCAACGGCUACUAUUAUCAAAACUACUGGAUGGUGCUUUCUGGGAGAGGAAUUGUAGGCGUGUUGGCAAUAUUUUCCGUGUUGGAGGUCAGUAUAGCAUGUGUCAUGGUCCACUUUGCCUACCAAACCCUACUCCAUGGCAAAAGGUCUGCCCUGGCUGUUCCAACCGUGCAUGUGGCCAACCCCUUGAUGCAACAGCCUUUCCCAGAUCCUGCAAUACACGAGAGAGUACCAGCUUAUGCUCCUCAACCAUAUCAGGCAUAAAGAAUCACUGGGACAAUUUCAUGUAGUAAACCUUCUCUGAAAAAAAAAUUAGUGCUUGUAUUUGGAAUUUGUUCCUAAGCUAACAGGCACUGGGUCUUCAGUCUGUGCCUCUUUCUGCUUAGCAUUACUGUGCCUGUUAAGGGGGAAGGACAAGAGAGCUGAAAACCGACUCUGCAAUGCUCUCAGCAUUAGAAACCUUCUGCUUGUGUUACCUUUUCCACAAUAAAAGGUCCUGAAGAACAUAA